UUUGAAACUCAGCUGGAGACAUUUGUAAACAAACAUGCAUUCUGCUGCCAAACGUAACAUUGACAGUUGUAGUAUGGUGGCGCGAGACGUAGACCUGAAGCUUGUUUAGUAUCUUGAACUCGUAUUGGAUUUACGAUGCAAGACACACCGAUCAGAACUGAAGCUCAACGUCAUGGAGGAGACGACCUCGGCAAAGAAGAACCUAUCCUUAAGGAAUAUGAAGAUUUAUUCAAUGCAAUACAGUUGCAAUUGAAACAAUGUCAGAAUGAACAAGAUACUUUGAGGGCUAAACUUGAAUCUGUUAUUGAAGAAAAUCAGUCCCUAUCAGAACAACUUCAGUCUGAAAUUAGAAAGAAUUCCUCCUCGGACAAUUAUGUUAAAGCACUAAAUAGCAAUGUCAAACAGCAGUUAGAUGCUGCAUUACAGGAACGAGAUUCUGCGGUCGAUAUGUGGCAAACAUCCCUCCAACUUGUCACUGCCUUGGAAACCGAAUUAAAAGACUACAGAGAUAAUUCUCAUCUUACUUCUGCAGUGGAGAAAGUAAAUGAGGUUCGUGCAGAAUAUUCUCGAGCAAUAAGUUUGUUGGAAGAAAAAUUGGCAGCUGCAUCAACCCGGAUAGCCAAGGAAAAGGCGGCAAGAGAAUUAGUAGAAGGGAAAAUGGAACAGCUGGAAAAUGACCAUAAACUCCUUAGUGAACGUUAUGCAAAACGCUGUGCAGAUGUCGAUGAGGCCCUUCUUGCAAAACAGUUGUCUUUAAAGAAGAUUGAAGAGCUUGAAAAAAACUAUUCUGCAGCCAUGGCAGAUUCAGAGGAAGCCAAACUUGCUUGUGCAGAACUUGAGGCUGCUUUAGACCGAAGUAUUGCUCGUUUAGAGGAUGUUUUAAACAGAGAAGCUGAGGCUCGAGAAAAAGUGGAUGAAGCUCUACAAAUAGUAGAUGUAGCUCUAAUUGAUAGAGACAAUGCUCUAAAAGAUGCAGCUCAGGCAUCUGAAGAUGUUCAACAGCUACAGGCCACUUUAAGUGAACUUAUAAAAGAAGCUGGUUGUGAGGUUCAAGCAGAAGCAGAACAGAUCAAAGAACAGUAUAAUAUUAGAAUAAAGAAUUUACUUUUGGAUAUGCGACGACUGUACUCAGAAAAUAAGAGUAAAAAUUCGCAGCUUCAAAAGCUGAAGAGUGACUUGCAAUCCACUGAAGCUGAACUUCAAAGAACGAAACGUGAAUUAGACACAGCUUUAAAAGAUAGACCUUCUUUCUCGGCCUUGGAUCGCAGGAUAGAAGGCCUGUUCAGAUCGCAGGAGCUUGCUGGUGGAGAUUCCAUACGUGCUGAUCUUGAAAUGGAGCAGCUUAGAGCAGAAAUAAUGAAACUUUCACAAAGUAAUGAGCUGCAGCAGCGCCAACAUCUGCUUGAUCGUCAUGUUUUAGAGGAACAAAUCAAUAUUUUGCAGUCUGAAGUCGAGCAUUCCUCUCAAAUAAUAUCUGAAAGUUUAGCUAAAAAUGAAGGUCUUAGUGCUUUGCUGCAUCAAAAAGAACAGGAAAUUUUAAUGAUGAAAACAACUUUGUCGCCCAAUACUCAAACUCAGUGUCUUGACCAUAGGUUUUUGCAUGAAGCUGGUUCUAAGGUUUCUGAACAUACAUGGCUAGACAGCCAUAGGAUGUACAAUGAGCUUCAGACUCAACUUGAUUCACAAAGGGACUUGGCAAAUAAAUGGAAAAGUGAGGUGAAUCUAAUAACAUCUCGGUUUCAGUCAAGGCUCAGAGAAUUGCAUUCAGAAGUAUUGACCUUGAGAAGAGAGAACAGAGAAAUUCACAAUCUUCUGCAAGCUGCCCGAUACCAGCUGAAAAAUUCACUACAAGGUGUUGUGAAGCCAAGUUUAUGAAGUUUUGGUUUGUGUAAACCUCUUCUUUGCAAAUUCGUUGACUGAUGUUUGUGAGAACAGCUUGCUUUCCACCGAUGUGAUAUGGUGAUUGAUUAAUAGACAAUAAUUUUUACUUUAUGAA